UAGUUUGGAACCAACCAGAGCCCGCGUAAAGCCUCCGCCAACCAAUCGCAGACGUCCUAACUGAUAGUGCGUCCGCAGCGAGUUGUUGGAGGAACUCCCGAGCAUCCUCCGCUGCCGCCACUGCUUUGGGACACAAUGGGACGCAGAAAGUCUAAAAGGAAGCCACCACCCAAAAAGAAAAUGACGGGCAACCUGGACACCCAGUUCACGUGUCCGUUCUGUAACCACGAGAAAUCCUGCGACGUCAAGAUGGAGAGAACCCGGAACACGGGGAUUAUAUCAUGCAGCGUGUGCUUGGAGGAGUUCCAGACUCCUAUAACGUAUCUCUCUGAACCAGUGGACGUUUACAGCGACUGGAUCGACGCCUGCGAAGCAGCCAAUCAGUAGUGGCGUUUACUGAACUCACAGCUUCAGUCUAACCUCACCCUGGGUUCACUCUGGAUUCGUCGUCUCUGAAGCCCGUCACACUCUUUGUUCCACACCAGACUGUUCCUCUGGUCGGGUCCGAGCGAGGCCACGUGGACAGUAACCCGUCUCCAUCACGGUUCUCAGUGUAGAUGUAAACGUGUUUGAUGUAUUUUGUUAGUCUAGAUUUUUUAUGGGUAAAUGGUUUAUUUCCUGUUAUGGACCAAACUGUCAAAUAAUCUUUCCACCAUUUAAAAAAAAAAAAAAAAAAAAAAAACUAUUUUUUCAUUUAAAGAAAAAAAAAAAUGACUUUUUUUUUUAAUCUAAAUAUUAGGUGUGACAAUGAACAUUUACUGGGUUUUACCUUUUUGUUUAGUCCCAACAUUCAUCAUAAAACAAAAAAAAAAAAAAAAAAUUGGCAAUUUUUUUAUAACCCUGUGGAUUCACAAUCAUGUACUUGCUUUCACACCACUGAUGGAUUUCACAUCCGUGUACCUUUAGGUGCCGAUAGCGAUUAAAACAAUGAAAUCACA